CGGAGCGUCGAUGGGCUCGAUGGGCCGGCGCAGCUGGCUGCACCUACGCGGUUCUGCGUCUCCGCCGCCCCCUCCCAGCUUCUUCCUCGGCCUUCCUCCGGUCUACCCGCUCGGCCCGGCCCGCCCGAAGGGCUAGUGGAGUUCCCGGGGAGCCUCAGGUGGUGAAUAUUUAUUCUGCGGAGAAGCAGAGAAGUACAUCGCGAGUGAAAAAUAAUGCCUCCCAAGUUCAAACGCCACCUGAAUGACGACGAUGUCACUGGUUCUGUGAAAAGUGAAAGGAGAAAUCUUUUAGAAGAUGAUUCAGAUGAAGAAGAGGACUUUUUUCUACGGGGACCAUCUGGGCCAAGAUUUGGCCCUAGAAAUGAUAAAAUUAAACAUGUUCAAAAUCAGGUGGAUGAAGUUAUCGAUGUCAUGCAAGAAAAUAUUACAAAGGUAAUUGAAAGAGGAGAGAGACUAGAUGAACUGCAGGACAAAUCAGAAAGCUUAUCGGAUAAUGCAACUGCUUUUAGCAACAGAUCCAAACAACUGCGAAGGCAAAUGUGGUGGCGUGGAUGCAAAAUAAAGGCCAUCAUGGCUUUGGUUGCUGCUAUCCUUUUGCUAGUGGUUAUCAUUUUUAUAGUUGCGAAAUACUGCACUUGAUUUGAUGACAGAGAUCGUCCUUAGACAAGAUCUGGAACAAUAAUAAUAAAAGAUCGCUGCAUAAUUUAAACGAAACCUAUGUAUAUAACUUUCAAAACUUCUUUUUCAAGAAAAUAAAAGGCAAGUAUCACUUCAAAUUGGAACAUUGAGAAUGUUCAUUUAUCUUCUUCUCAUUAAAAUACUUUUAAUAAGUAUCUUUAAGGCAAAGAUAACCAGCCUCUAUUUUGUCAUAUUCCAAGGAUCUAAUUUGAAACUAGAUACUUGCCAGUUCAUUAUUUGUGUAUAUAGUUAAAGACUCAUAAUGGUAUGUCAUCCUUGUGUUUUGGUGGCAUAAGGACUUGCAUUAUUGCAUCAAGGUGGGCGUUAGCCUGGGGGUCAGGAAAACGAUAUGGAGUACCAAAUUAUUACGCUAAAGGCAAUGCGUGACCGUUCUGUCUGUAUCUGCCACAGUGUCAUUCUUUUCACAUUGCGGUUGCUUCACAAGCAAUUUCCACAUGUUCAUGGGUGUGACAAAAGCCAAUGUUGUGAAUACUGCUGCCUUCAACUAAAACAUUCCAGUAAACCUAUUUUUGACUGUAGAAGGGAAUGUGUAGUGAUUUUCGGUAUUUAGAUUAUGGAAAUGGGAAAUUUAAACACUGUGAAAAGCAUAGUAUGGCACCAUAAAACUGGAAAUAAGAAAGUUACUGGAGAACGUCACUGGAGUGUUUGAAAAUGACCAGUAUGUAGCUGCCAGUCAUGGUCCAGUCUGUUUUCAGUUAAACUCCAAUAAGGAGGGACCAGUCCUAAUGUGAGUAAAUGAAAUCCACAGGUAACUUAUUUCUUAAUUUUAUUUUUGUUAAUGGCUUUUCUCUAAUUUCAACUAAUCUUUAUACUAGAAGUGCUAAAAGUAGCAAAAGAAUCUGCUUUGAUUCCUUUGCAUUCCCUGAUCAUCCUUGGGGAGCUGCAUGUUGCACAAUCACGUGUCAAGUCAGCCAGCUGUAAUGAGUAGUAAAGUCAGGAGUCCAGGUAAUUGAUGGGCAGGCUGAUCAGUCUAACCAACUACUAGGGGUUACCAUUGAGUCAGCCUGUUUUUAUAACAAUAAAAUCUGUUAACUUUAAA